AACGGCCACAUCAGGGUUUUGUACUGUUUGCAGACUCCUGCUGUGCUCUCCCGUCCUUUCUGCUCCUCUGUCGUUUCCCAUCUCUGUCACAGCUGGUGCUUCCUGAGGGUGGUCUGCCUUCGGUGUCACGGGGAACAGCUGGAGGCUGAAGGGAAGGCAGUGCUAAUAACAGGCUGUGACAAAGGUUUUGGACAUGCCUUGGCAAAACGGCUUCAUGCAAAAGGAUUCACUGUUUUUGCUGGGUGCUUGCUAGCGGAUGAGAAAGGAGAUGGAGCUAGGGAGCUGAAGAGCAUGGAAUCGGAUCGCAUGAAGGUGCUGCAGAUCAAUGUGUGCAGUGACCAGGAAGUGGCUCAAGCUGUGGAUUUUGUGAAGAGGAACCUGAAGGAGCCAGAGAAAGGUCUCUGGGGCCUGGUGAACAAUGCUGGUGUCUCGACCUUUGGAGAGGUGGAAUUCACAAGUUUAGACAAGUAUAAGGAAGUGGCAGAGAUCAACCUGUGGGGCACUGUGAGAGUGACAAAGGCUUUCCUGCCCCUUAUUCGCAGAGCCAAAGGCCGCGUCGUGAACGUCGCAAGCAUGUUAGGGCGAAUGGUGAGCCCGUCUCGCUCGUGCUAUUGUGUUUCCAAGUUUGGGGUGGAGGCCUUCUCUGACUGUCUUCGGCAGGAGAUGUACCGCUGGGGUGUCAGAGUCAUCCUCAUUGAGCCCAGUAACUUUGUGGCAGCGACGGGCAUCCUGACUGCGGACAGCAUCGAUGUAGAGGCUGAGGUGCUGUGGAACGGGGCCAGUGACACUGUGCGGGAGGACUAUGGGAGGGCAUAUUUCACUCGCCAUGUGGCCCUAAUGAAGUCCUUCGUUAACAGUGGCCUGAAGGACAUGUCUCUGGUCUUGAAUGACAUCACUGAUGCGCUCACUUCCACGCACCCGAACAACCGCUACAAUCCCAUGGAGACCUACUGGUGGGUGAGGCUGCAAGCCAUGACACACCUGCCCACUGCCAUUGCUGACUGGCUUUACAUUCCUGGAGCCACACUGUAAAAGGAAGUCCUUCAAGCAUCCUUCCAGUGCUUACACGCAUGGAUUAGAGCUGAGUUAAUCGAGCCUGCUCUGCACCCAAUCCUGAUACACCUCCCCUGCAGGUGUAUGUGUUUUCACUUUAGGUUAUGGCUUCAAGUCUUAUAUUGUGGGAUAUAGAUAAAGGCAUGGCUUUUCUGACUCCUCCUUCAUUCUUGCUCCUUGUAUAUUCCCUGCUGCUCUGAUUAAAGUUGAAAGAUGUUUUCCUUUUAACUGCAGAGGAAGCAGAGGGGGGUUAACAUAAUGGGUCAAAUAUGUGGCUGGUGUAAUUAGGUCAGCAGAGUUUCCCCAGUGAUACGUUUGGCUCAUUAAUGGGCUUUUGCCUUUCCUUACAAGGACAGGCUUGUGAUGGCAAAGCACAGCUGUUGCUAAGAGAUGUCUCAAAGGGAGGAGCUAAAAGGGGAAAUAAAAGCAGAGUUUUCCAUUUGAUUGAAAAUGGGUCAGUCACAUCCUUUGUUUUCAUGAUGCUGCUAGGAAGCUUGGCUGCCCUUUGACUGUCUGUUCUAAGGAAACAGCAACACUUUCUCUAAAUAGCCUCAUUACCUAGCUCUGGAGGGUUCAGGAUCCUUGCAAAGAAGGGUUCUUCCCUCCCAGUACUGUAACCAGGAGCAGCCAGAGCCAGCAACUGCAGACAGACUGGCAGGGAAAAGCCCUUCUAAUAAUGAGUGAGUCUGAGCUUUCCCUCUGUCAGUCCCUGUGGAUGCUGGACUUGCAGCCUCUCUCCAUCCCCUUUGAGCUUUGUAGGGCAGACUGGAAUGUGGUGUAGCAAACAGAUUUGGCUCCUUUGACUGCUACGUUAGGGACCAGUUCCUGAACCACUCAACAGUGGUACAGACACUGUCCAGCUGCCCCCACCCCGCUGCCUCCAAAUUGGUGCUUACUGCUAGAUGCCUGCUUGUUGGUGAGGAAGCUGCUUUUGCAUUCCCAAACCUUUGCUUGUUUGUUUGUUGGUUUGUUUUUUGUUUCAUCUGCACUGCGUUUGAAAAGUGACAGGGACACUGUGCAGCCAGCAUGGUGUGACUCUGCUCUGGGUGGAUGCUUUAAGUGACUCCAUUUCCUUGAUGUCACAUAAUGAAAUUUCCAUGCCAUGCAUGAUUGUCUCCUCACAGAGCUUCCUGACAGCUGUGGCAACUGAUGUGACUUACUUUUGAACAGUAUCCCCAAGGGUCUUUCCUCUUAGCCACAACCAGGAUUUUUCAAUCGUUUUACCAAGUGCUGGGGCUGCCUGGCUUCACAGCCUGUUUCCUCUUUCUAAGUGGUGACUGCUAGUGUGGUAGCAAACUGGCUCUGGGCACUGCUGGCCAGGCUCGGAAUCUACCGUCUCAUUCUAGGACAUGUGAACUGUAGGACCAGCUUCCCAUUCUACUGCUAGGCUUUGCCUAGAUCUUGUCCUACAUGACAUUAAGUGACUUCAAUGAGCUUAUCGUUUGCUCUUUCCUUGGCUAUCUUAGCUAGCUCUAACUUGGAAGUUGUGCCUUAUAAACUUCUUAUAUGCCACGGGCUGUGACUGCUUGGCGUUUGGAUGCAGCUGUGAAUGCUGUGAUGCCUGGAGAGGAAAGCAGGCUUCUUUUGGAGAUGCUGUGGAGAUAGCAUAUGUUACAAAUAACUACUGGAAUGCUGGCUGUGCAAUUCUUUUUUUUAUUGCGGAUCAUCAACACAUGGAGACUGUCUGGGAUCCAGCAUGCAAAAUGAUCCCACUCUUCCACAGGACUGCAGCUUGUUUGAACAAUGUUGUAAUCACUUCUGUCCCUUACACCAUGAAAUGUGAGUAAUGUUAAGUAGCACUGAUUUGCACAAAGAAAAAAAUAAAUUGGGAUUUGUCAAGCA